CAAAUGUAGCUAAAAUUGAAGCCCGAAAUCAAGCUCAUGCUCAAAAAAUUAUGAAUCAGAAAGCUUGUCUUGAAGGAUUUAAUUUUAAUCAAAAUCUAGCACCAUAUGGUCAAAUGGUUCAAAAAAGUUUAGAAACUAUACAAUUUCAUCCUUCUUUUGCAACAAAGAUACCUAAUUUCAAGACUAUUAUCAAGUGUGGUGACAAAGAUGAACCAGAUUCAAAAAAUAGAAUAUUAGAUGCAAUUGUUAGUGAAGUGUUUAACUUUACAGAAUUCAGACCAAAGCAACGAGAAAGUAUUGAUAGUUUUACUGCAGGAAAUAAUACUUUGUAUAUUUUACCUACUGUUGAAGGAAAGAUCUUUAUUUAUGCUUCUUCAGCUUUACUAUUUAUGGGAUUAACUAAAAAUGGUCAAUUGAAAUUAAUUUCUGCAACAACUGUAUUUGGAAUAGGUUUGAAUGUCAAUGAUGUACAUACUGUUAUUCAUACUAUAUUUCCAAUGUCCAUAGAUGCAUUAGUUCAAGAAACAGGCCAUGCUAGUCAUCCAAGUGAUGAAGAAGCCUGUCUAGAAACUAAUAGCUCAGCAGAUAUAAUACAGUGGUAUGAAUAUUUGCAAAGAAAGCAAGAUUCAAUUUUUGAGAUCAUAGCAUAUUGUAAAUCAGUAUAUGAAUGUCGUCAACAACAAGCAUAUCAGAGUUUCUUAUAG